GAGGGAACUCUAAAGGAAAACCGACACAGAAAUAGAAAUUCCAGUGACGUGGCACAGUGUAAGGGGUGAAUUAAUGAAAAUUCGGUAGCUAAUUGGGUUCGUAUCUAUUUGCUAGCAUAACCUUCCAGGCUUCCAGCAUACGUUAGUGAUGAGGCCAAUAAACCAACAAAAUAGGGUAAAAAACAAAAGGUAUUUAGAAAAGCGCAUAGAAAAUUUAAGCGCGAAGCUCAUUGUAGCUGUCACCCAAAACCCCAUCAGAAUCCAUCGAAGAAUUGAAAGAUCCUUUUCUUCAACCAUAAUUCAAAAUUCAAGGUCCAUUCCUUACACCCUGCUCGCUUCGACUUCUCCGCAAUUCCAUAAAGAUAAUAUUAGAUGGAGAAUAUGCAAUAUGCUGAAGAGCUUGUGAGGGAAUAUUUGGUCUUCCGGGGAUUUACAAAUACAUUACAAGCUUUUGAGACGGAAUUGUGCACGGAUAUUGGUAAAGGGUUUCAAGUUAAUAAGAUAUUAGACUUAAUUUUUGCGGUAUAUAUUCCUAAAUUCCAGGCCGAAAAACUAGUUGGUCUGUUCAGUUUCUUUAAGCAGUGCUUUUCGUCAUGGUCCGAGACUGUGAUGCUUGAUACCUUGUCAAAAUUGGAGGGUUCCAUUCUUCAGUGUUACAUUGUUCAUGCAUUGCAAUCUGGGAGGAAAGAUAAGGUUGUGGAGUUUUUUGGAAUGAAUGGAAAUGAUCUGCUUCUAAAGAGUUAUGAUUGGACUCCUUGGUUUGCCAUUCCUUAUUUAAAGAACCCAAGCUUGGAUCCUGAGUUUCGUGUUUAUUUCUCCAAGGAAUGGUAUGAAGCUCUCCGUCUUUCUGUGAGGAAUUUUUUUAGCGAGAUCUUCAAUGGUACUCUGAAGAUCAGUUCAGAAAAAAAUACAAUUAGCCGUCUUAAGAAAGACAACAAGCAUCUUAAUCUCAAGUUGUCGCAACUUCGGGCCUUACUGGAGGAGAAGGAGGGUCAAUCAGGUCAAUCAAAAAGGAGCAUGGGAGCAACUAACAGUUCGACUACAUCGAGUGGUGUAGAUGAUGAAAAUCUACAUCUAUCCACAAGUAGUGAGGAACAAUGUGCUCCUGCAACCUCACAUUUGAGUAAAAGAGAGCUGAGUGAGGAAUGUUCUGCCACUGAACCUGCCAAAAUCAUAUCAAGCGAUGCCAAGUCCUCAUCUGGGCAUGAUUUAUAUUCUGCUUCAAUUCUUCAUGCUUCAUAUAGUGGAGUUGAUGAUACUGCUCCAAGGUUCUAUGGUAGCCAUUUUGUUGAGAAUGGCAGAGAAGUGCUUAGAGAAGAAGAAUUUCCUGAAGUGAGUGCAGAGUUCCAGGAGACAUUUCUGGGCCACACAAGUUCAAUUACUCGUUGCCGGUUUUCUGCAUCUGGGAACAAUAUAGCUAGUGCUUCUGUGGAUGGCACUGUCAGGAUAUGGACAUAUGACUCAUCAAUUCCAGCAUCUAGAAAUGCGACCAUAUAUUGUGGAGCUGAGAUUAUGUCGCUUGACUGGGAAUGCAAAUCUGACCGAUUGCUUCUCAUAGGCACUGCUGAUGGAGGCAUUAAAGCAUGGAAUGUCGAUGCUAAGAGAGUUGUCUGUGAUCUGAAUACAACCGAAGCCUUUCCAAGUGUCUUGGAUUUAAAGUGCAGCCCUGUGGAACCUAUAUUUGUUUCUGCAGCUUCAUCAAGGAGGCUUGGUUCAAACUCUAUGGACUCUCUCGGGUAUGCUUCAUUGACUGUAUGGAACAUGAAAACAUGGAAAGCUAUGACAGUCCUUCCUCUUGGUGAAGAUCCACCUGCAAUUACUUCCCUAUGCUUCAAUCACAAUGGGAAGAUUUUAGCUGCCUCUGCAACUGAUGGAAUGAUUCAUAUGUUUGACAUGUCUGCUGGUCUACAAAUCACUGGGUGGCCUGCACAUGAUACUGCAAUAAGCUCACUUCUCUUUGGGCCAGAUGAGACAAGUAUUUUUAGCUUGGGUUCAGAUGGAAAGAUAUUUGAAUGGAGCUUGCAAAACCAAGGUCACGUCCUCUGGUCAAGAACUUGUAGCAGGUUUUCAGACCACGGGACAUCAAAAUAUUGUAGACAUGAAAUGGCAUUGGAUGCUAAUGGGAGGCAGCUAUUAGUGACAUCUGGUUCUGUAAGAGCACCCAUAUAUCAGGUACGAGGCCAUUCAAAUGGGUUGAGAACUCUUCUUCACAGUGCAGCUAUAACAACUGUGGAUUGGCACCCAACCUUGCCCAUUUUCUUGACUGGAUCAGCUGAUAACUCAGUUCGAGUAACUUCCAUAUUGUGAGGACGGUUCAUUUCUGAUAUCUCUUUCUCCAUGGGUUGCCGGCUUCACGUAAAUGAAGUGAUGGCUAUUGCUAUAGGAUUAGAGUUGAGGAAAUGUCAAAAAUGUUUUCCAUAAUUGCAUAGUUGUUUGAGCAUGUGUGCCGAAGAGGUGAUAUCAUGAGUCAUGAUAUGUAAUUCAUUGAAUUGUUUGUACCAUAAUGUAUUUGUCAUUCGUUGUUGUA